AAUGCACUAAGCAGAAGUGAAGGCCGGGCCUAUGUGUUGAGCAGUCGAUGUGAGCUGCGAUAGAGAGAAAAGUCGUCAUUGUGUAAAUUGAGAGUAUACGAAGAAAAGGGAACGCAUAUUUGACCUUUGCCUUUAACGCCCCCACAGGUGAAGUCCCCUCUUCCUCCAGCCUGCCUUGACUCUCCUGACCCAGCUUAGCCCACCCUCGCCUGGCCUGUCUCAGCUCCAGCACCUGCUCAGCUUCAGAGCCCCAGCCCUCCGCCCCAGACACACCCACCUAGAGCAGCCUCAUCCUCCACCAAGAGCCUCUUACCCCGGUGAAGCUCUCUGCUCAGCAGCAUGGCAGGUCGAGGAGGACCAGCACGGACCAACGGCGCGGCGGCCAGCAACAAGAUCUGCCAGUUCAAGCUGGUGCUGCUGGGAGAGUCAGCGGUGGGCAAGUCCAGCUUGGUGCUGCGCUUCGUCAAGGGCCAGUUCCACGAGUACCAGGAGAGCACCAUCGGAGCUGCCUUCCUCACACAGACUGUCUGCUUGGACGACACAACAGUUAAGUUUGAGAUCUGGGACACUGCUGGGCAGGAACGGUAUCACAGCCUGGCCCCUAUGUACUACAGAGGAGCGCAGGCCGCCAUCGUGGUCUAUGACAUCACCAACACAGAUACAUUCACACGUGCAAAGAACUGGGUGAAGGAGCUCCAACGACAAGCCAGCCCCAACAUCGUCAUUGCACUGGCAGGGAACAAAGCUGACCUUUCCAACAAAAGAGCUGUGGACUUCCAGGAAGCACAAGCGUACGCAGAUGACAACAGUUUGCUCUUCAUGGAGACUUCAGCCAAGACGGCCAUGAACGUCAAUGAGAUCUUUAUGGCCAUAGCCAAGAAGCUUCCUAAGAAUGAGCCAGCGGGUGGAGCCAGUGGCCGGGCCAGUGGCCGGGCAGGAGUGGACCUGCAGGAAGCCGCCCCACAGGCUGGUGGUAGCAAGUGCUGUGGAGGUGGGAACUAACCAACUGGACCGACACACCAACCAACCUGCAGUAUCAACCAACUGACCAGACCAGCUGACAAACACAUCCCACGGUCAAACCAACCGACGGUCUGACCAACCACCAUGCACCAAUACUGCACCGAUCAACUGAUAAGCAAACCAGCUCACAGGCCAAUCAACUGUCAACACACAACUCCAAGGUUCCAAUGAUCCGACCAACAGAUAAAUGACACAAUUAUGACCAACAUGACGACCUACAACUGUUUUAACUUACCCGAGGACAUAACAACCCAUUAUCUCCAAUGAAACUAUGGACAUCUGACAACACCCAGGCAAAAAAACAACAACCCCACUUAGGGAGGAAAAAAAUAUCAACCCUUACCAAUCGCACUUAACAGAGCACUGUUCUUCUUUGUUUCACUGUAUUUCUGUAAGAAAAAGAAAAAAUCAAACGCAACUGGGAGGAAUAAUGAACAGGCUCUUUGGCCCUCUCCUUUCUCUCUUGUCAUCUUUCUUUACCAUAAUACUACAGUAUUUCAACGUAUGUCUUCUGUCACUGUUCUAACCCUGUUUAGUUUGGUGGUGGGUGAAUGUAGCAAUUCUCAUGAUUUCAUUUUGUCUUGUUCCCGAUCGUCACCCUUGGGCAAAAGAACGGAGAGUGUUCAACCCCAAAUAAGGAGUUAGGAGAACAGUUGUUUCCUUCCAGAUAUAGCAGUUGUGUAGAUUAACUGAACUAUUACAUUGUUGUUAUUAUUGUUAUUAUUAUUAUUACUUUCACUUAUCUUUGGCACACGUUAAACAGUAUGAUUUCAAAGACUAGGCCACCUAAGGUUUUCCAAUCAUUAAUCUAUGAUCUAUACAUUUACAUUUAAGUCAUUUAGCAGACGCUCUUAUCCAGAGAGACUUACAAAUUGGGUAAUGAUAUCCAACCAUAUACAUAGUGCAUUAACAUCAUUGUCACCAAUAAGUCAUUUUUAGCAUCAAUAUAAUGUCUCUGAAUCAUUCAUAUACAAUGACGAAAGUGGAAUAAAACAGAUAAAGCAAGAUUUGUUUUCCUGACCAAAAUCACAAUUGUGUAUUGAAAGCAUGUUGCUAUUAUUUGUAUAAUUCUUUUCUUCAAACAUGUAACCAAUCAGUAGUUACUGUCAAUACAAUACCUUCCCAAUCUCAACAUGA